AUACCAAUUCAAAAAAUUUCGUCCUGUGCAUGGAUAGUCUGAAUUGUGUGACAUGGGGUCCUUAGUCGCCAGUUUGUCUGAUGUAGACACUCCCAUGGAACCGCACAAAAGAUUCUCGAAUCGACUUGGCUCUGUGGCAAUUGUUUCAAUGCCUCAAUGGCAAUUUUUUGGCACUCAAUCGAAGAGUGCUUCGUGUGCUUUGCAGUUGUACUUAAUGGAAUUUUUAUGCGUUGCUAUUGAGUCGCUCAAUUGCUCGUUUUGUCGAUGUUUGUUCGACGGUUUCUUACAUUUUUUUUUCGCUUUUUUUGAGGUCAAAGUGCACGGUGGCUGGCUUUUCAAUUGUGCCAAAAACAGCAGCAAACAGCGGCGGCCAAACAAUGGGAGAAAUGGCAUUAAAAUUAAUUAGCGACGCGCAUGUGUUCUUCGUGGCUGUGACCAUGUCCCUGAGCAUUCCGCUCUCCGCUCGGCGUUCAAUGCUAUCCACACCCGUACCGCCCAGCAUUUGGCCUUAUCUGAAAUAUGCACACGAGUCCUUGGACCGCCGACUUUUUCGUAAUGCCAGCCAAGGUAACGUCAAACCAGCUGACGAACGACCCCAGUGCCCAGAACUUCAUUCGGAUUCGGAUUCGCAUCCGCAUCCGAAACGGCAACAAAUUAUGCUAGGUGAUUUUCAGCCUUGAGGGACAGUGAGCUGCUAGUGGAAAUUGCAUUUGUUGUGCAACUUCGGGGCAUACUUACCCACACACACCCACAGAUGGGGAAACAGUGAUACGCAGAGAUCCUGCGAGAAGAUUACAUUGUGGGGCGUGAGUGUUAAUUAAAAGUUGUUCUCUAAUCCUGAAGCCACGAAACUUCCUGCAUAUCCUACAUACAAAACAACCGAAUGUUUCUUAACGCCAACGAAAUGCCAAGCGACGAUGCCAUUUUUAUAGACUUUUUGUAAGCAACGACUGGGGACGACUGGGGAGGCGAACCAGACUCGAAUUGGAGAUAGCGACUCUAGGCGCCACUAAAAGUGUCAGCCCGUUUAAUCAAGACGGCCUGAUGAUGGCAGCCAGCGGGCGGAUUCGCAAGCGCAAGCAUAAAAGCCAUCUCACUGGCGACACUGCGGCAGCAACACUUACAACAGCAACACCAGGCCCAACCGCCACACCAGCCAGCCUGGCAACCACAGCGGCAACGCCAACAGCCACAUCGGGCCUCGGCAGACUGGAUCAGACCAUGGAGGAAGUCUCCUUGGCCGGGGACUAUAAUAAUUUCACGCAUAAUUUCGUCGAUUUGCAGAACCUCUUGAAUUUCAACGAAUUGCUGAGCAGCAGCCAGAAUGGAACCGCUGGUAGUGGUGGCAGUAGUUUAGAUAGCACCUCGAGCGCAUCGAGUGCCAUUAAGCUGAGUAACGGAGCCAUUAAGGACACUCUGCUAGGCACUGUCCUGACCACCGCUACGGCCACUGUGGCGCCGGCGGCCAGCUCGCUGAUGGCGAAGUUGGGAGCCACCACGACGUCGGCCACAGCGGCAGUGGCAGCGGCAGCUGCCGGAGGAUCUCGGACGGCCGUUGCCGAUCCCACCACAUCCACCUAUUAUGCAAACUUGCUGAACAUGUCGCCCGCCACCACCAGCCUGAUCUCGGCGGCAGCGGCCACCAAAUCCUACAACGACAGUGUCCUGCGGUGGGAGCAGCUGGACGGAAGCGUGGACUUCACCUUUGAUCCUCUCUACCGGCACUCACUGGCCAUGUCCAUAGUGUACUGUGUGGCCUACAUCCUGGUGUUCCUGGUUGGCCUGGUCGGCAACAGUUUCGUGAUUGCCGUGGUCCUGCGGGCACCCCGCAUGCGAACGGUGACAAACUACUUCAUUGUGAAUCUGGCCAUAGCGGACAUCCUAGUCAUUGUGUUCUGCCUGCCAGCCACUCUGAUUAGCAACAUCUUUGUGCCCUGGAUGCUCGGAUGGCUGAUGUGCAAGUUUGUGCCCUACAUACAGGGUGUCUCCGUGGCGGCCUCCGUCUACAGCCUAAUUGCCGUUUCCCUGGACAGGUUCAUUGCCAUCUGGUGGCCCCUGAAGCAGAUGACAAAGCGACGUGCUCGCAUCAUGAUAAUCGGCAUAUGGGUAAUCGCGCUGGUGACCACCAUACCUUGGCUGCUCUUCUUCGACCUGGUGCCCGCCGAGGAGGUCUUCUCGGACGCCCUCGUAUCGGCCUACUCGCAGCCGCAGUACCUCUGCCAGGAGGUCUGGCCACCCGGCACCGACGGCAACCUGUACUUCCUGCUGGCCCACCUGGUGGCCUGCUAUCUCCUGCCUAUGUCGCUGAUCACGCUCUGCUACGUGCUCAUCUGGAUCAAGGUCUCCACGAGAUCCAUUCCCGGCGAGUCGAAGGACGCCCAGAUGGACCGAAUGCAGCAGAAGAGCAAGGUGAAAGUUAUCAAAAUGCUCGUGGCCGUGGUAAUCCUCUUCGUCCUUUCCUGGCUGCCACUCUACGUCAUCUUUGCGCGUAUUAAGUUCGGCUCGGACAUAUCGCAGGAGGAGUUUGAGAUUCUUAAAAAGGUGAUGCCGCUGGCCCAGUGGCUCGGUUCCUCCAACAGCUGCAUCAACCCUAUUUUGUACUCGGUGAACAAGAAGUACCGCCGAGGAUUCGCGGCCAUUAUUAAGUCUCGCAGUUGCUGCGGACGCCUCAGGUACUACGACAACGUGGCCAUCGCCUCCAGCACCACCAGCACCCGCAAGUCAUCGCACUACCACCAGAACAGUUCUCGAAAGAGUCCUGGCAGCAAGGGCAACGCAGUGUCCUACAUCUACGAACACAACUCGCUGCGACGGCACAACAUGAUGCUCAAACAGGACAGUAACCUGUCGCAGCAGAUGCUACUCAAGCAGGACUCUCACGGAUCCCGUCAGUUCCUCAUUAAGCAGGAGAGUUCGUGCAGCGAUGCUUCUGGAAUCCGACGGCCCCUUUGUCAGCAGGAUAGCAAUGGCUCCAAGGUGUCCCUCUCCAAGCAGGAUUCAAUUGUAUCCUAUAUGGAGGCUCGACGAGCGGCGGGCCACAGCCUGAAUGAUUCAGUGACGGACAGGGACAGCAUCUCGAUUGAGUCCCGGCGACCUGGAGCUACGCCAAGCUCCUUGCUCGACAAGCGGCAGAAAUUCGUGAAGCAGGACUCGGUUAUCUCGUUUGUUGAUCAGCGACCGGAGCCACGACGCCACCAACUGGUGAAACAGGAUUCGGUAAUUUCCUUCGCCGACCAGCGACGUGGACUCCUCCACAAACAGGACUCGCUAAUUGCCAACCGGACAGGUGACGCCCCCACCCACCACGUCUCCAUUCUGAAGAAGACGGACUCGCAGCUCAGCUACGGAGCUUCGGCUUCCCCCCGCAGGAAUGCGGAUUUAUACGAGUAGACAACCAUGGGUUGAUAAAUAUUCUCCUGAAUGAAGGAUCUACUAAGAAAUGGUUUGAUUUUCGAAAACUAUCCAAAGAUAAUGUAAUAGAUAGGGCAUGCAUUCUUAGGGGUAUAAAUAUAUGUUUAUGUUUCUGUUUUUAAAAAUGAAACUUUCAUACCCAGAAGGAUUAUUAGACAUCCUUUCUUUGUACUAGGAAGAUAAAUUGGCAUAUAUAUUUCAUGAAUUAUUUUAAAGCUUAUGACCUAAAACCCCUUGAAUGCAUAACCCCUUAAAAAUGUAAUCGAUCUAAAAAUCAAACCAUUCCAAAACAUACAAAACAGCAACGAUACCAAAAAAUCUUACCGAACCAUAAAAAAGUGCAUAUAUAUUAUAUAUUUCUAUAGUGGCUAGACAGAAAAAGGAUCGUAAAUGAAGGGAGAGUGAUAGGCCUACGAUUGUGAUACAAGUCGGCAGUGCUGGUGGGUUAAGAACUUCAGACAGUGCCGCACAUAUCCGUCAUGUCAUCGUCGUUGGGACAGUGCCAGUUGGGAUAGACAUCGGGUUGGACCAAAUGGGGUGGGUAUAUAUAAUCAGAGAUCGCUUAGCUAGAAAGAGACACGCCAUAGAAGGACACGGGAAACAGGACUACCCACACCACACAACACAAAACCACAUAGACACGCCCCACAGACCUAAUAGUUAAUAGAUGUUUUAUACGUGUUUCAGAGGUACUACACAAGAUAUAAACUACUCCUUGGCUAUGGCUAUAUAAUACCUAUAUAUAAAAUAUAUAUGUACCGUUACGCAGUUUUAAGAUUGUUUGUACUCGCAAUUUGCUAUAUCGAAGAUGAAGAUGGAAUGGGAAGUCGUGGGAGGCGGUGGGUUUAAAAAUAGCUUUGCUAAACUUUUUGUACGAUGGUCAAAAAUUGAGUGAAACGGGCAAGUCCAGUAUCAUAUAGUUGAGGAAACGAAACAAAACAAAAUGAGAUAACACCGAGGUCUAAAGUAACGUACCUACUAAAUUUUUGUAUGGAAAUUCUUACAAUUUAUACAUAUAUAUUUAUAUUGAUUUUGGAAUAAGCAAUAUGCAAUACAAGCGUAUGUCUGCUCGUACGCCGCGUAUCUAUCAAACAACAAUAAUCAAUUUUAUUAGAAUUUUACACAACCGAGUUGCGGCAGCGACAGCGGCAGCGGAAAUGGCACAGCAGCGGAAAUGGCCUGGUCAAUGCAAUACAAUGGACGAUUGUCGAUCGAUAGUCGAUAGCUAUCCCGAUAGCGAUGGCCAGUGGUAGUGUAGGCAUCGAACGCGCACAAGGCAGCACUUUUGACCAUGCUAAUGCUAAGCGAGGGCUGGGAACGAUGGAAUGGCGUAGAAUAGGGAUAUAGGGACAUAGGAUUAGGAUUAGGUGGAGGAAGAGGAGUAAUGUGAGCACAAAGCAGUCAAAGAUUUCGCACUAAACGUAUCACUACAAACUAACAAAGAAGCAAACAAUAAUCGAACUCAAAUUCGUUAAACACUAAACACCAAUGAACUUUAAACUAUAUGAAGUAAACGUAUGGAUGAUGGAUCAAGGAGAAUAGGAGGCGAAUCAGGAGGAGAAAUCAAUGGUAAAACUAUGAAACUAAACAUAAAGAUUAACUAUGCAAUUUUAUUGUUAGCCAAAAUUUUAUAAAUGUCAAGUAACGAACAAGUAAAUAUUUAUAUGUAUACAGAAUAUAUCAAGUAUGGAACAUAUGUUAUAUGUAUAACUUUAUAUACUUCGAUGACAUUAGACGCUGAUUUGUAGAGUUUUGUCUCGCAUGGAUGUCCUCGAAAUCGGCUCCAUGUUUCAUUUUAGCCGUAACCCUUAGUCUCCUUUCAGAACUUGGGGGAGCUUUAAGCCCAUUCCCAGGAUCUAAAUCGGCCUGUUCAGAACUCCAGUGCUUAGUGGCAAGACAAGAAUCUACAAUGAGGAAUAUCAAUAAUAUAUUUCAAAUAUACAUAACAUACAUAUAUUUAUAUAGGCUUAAGCUAACUCAUAUGCCAGAAAACAAGUCGAGCAACCAGAACAACAACGUCUAGUAAAGAUACCAAAUACGAGUACACAUUUUAUGCUGCAAGUAUGUAAAAGCGCCCAAUAGAAAUGUCCUUUCCCGCUUUCGAUUCCCCUUUAAGACGAACUAGAAAGUAACGAGCAGUCGGAGGAUCAAAACAACAAGUAAUAUUUAUCAAAUAAAGCAAAUUGAACUUUAGGUUUUAAAGUUUUAAAACGUAGUGCAUACCCACAUACACACAUAAUUACAUGUGCAUUAAGUUCGUUAUUUACCGAUGCCGAAAACGCAUUAUAAAAAACAAAUCGGAAGUUAACCAGUUAAACAAAAACAAAAACAUGACAUUAACGGAAACACAAUAUCUAUAUAUGUAAAUAUAUAUGUGUUUAUCUAUACAUAUAUGUAUAUUUAUCGCAUACAAAUAACACCAAGAAUACAUGCAUGUUAGCAGAAAU